AUGGCAUCAUCGUCGCAAACCGCCGUCAUUGCUACAGCCACAGUUGCUGCACUGGCAACCGGCCUGGCUGCAUAUGCUGUGUACUUCGACCACCAAAGACGCAAGAAUCCCGAGUUUAGGAGAAACCUAAGACGAAACGAGCGUCGGCAAGCCAAACAAGAGAAGGAGGAGGCCGAGGCAGAUGCUCAGCAGCAGAGGUUAUCCAUCAAGCAUGCUGUGGAUGAGGCCAAGGAGGAGGGAUUCCCUACCAAUGUUGAGGACAAGGAGGCAUAUUUCCUAGACCAGGUCUCCCUAGGAGAGACCCUGGGCGCUGAUCCUACACGGGGUUUGGAAGCAGCACUGGCAUUCUACAAGGCCCUCAAGGUUUAUCCGACCCCUGGAGACCUCAUUGGAAUCUACGACAAGACUGUUUCUAAGCCUAUCCUCGACAUUCUCGCAGAGAUGAUUGCCUACGAUCCGAGCCUGAAGAUUGAGGCGUUCUCUGGGGCCGCUCAGAUGCCUGAGAUGGGAGGAAUGCCUGGCAUGCCGACGGUCGGCCUCGACUAG